AGGAAAAAAACGCGUCCCAGUUCAGGGUAGUAGUAGAAACCAGCAGCGUCUCCCUUCUCUUUUUUUUUUUUUAAUUUUACGCACACCCACAGUCCAGUGAAGGCAGCAGCAGCAGCAGCUCAGAUCAGAUUUCACAUUCAGCUCCGACCAGCUGAGCGAGGAGCAGCUCUCAGAGCAGGAGGGCGCGUUUCUCCGCUUUUGCCCCAUCCGACCCCCCCAGCACCACCGCCCCCCCCCCUCCCCAGCACCCGCUCACUACUCGGCGAGAAAAAAAAAGAAAUACAUCUGCGAGGAGGAAAAGCCAACGGGUGCGCGGCGCAAAUAUUAAAAGCACCACUGGGAUUUUUUUUUUCUUCUUUUUUUUCCCCUUCUUCUUUCCCAAAUCUCCUUUUGUCUCUCUUUCCUCUUUUAUGCAUUUUCGCCGGAUUGCAGCAGCGAGCGCGCCGCAGAGAAUUCGCUAAGGAGGGGAAGAGAAGCGAUGGACGAGCAGCCGAGGCUGAUGCACUCUCACGCCGGCGUGGGCAUGGCGGGACACCCCGGCCUGCCGCCGCACAUGCAGGAGGGCACCGGGGGGGCGGACGGCGACGGCAGGAAGCAGGACAUUGGAGACAUUUUACAGCAAAUCAUGACCAUCACGGAUCAGAGUCUGGAUGAGGCGCAGGCCAGGAAACACGCUCUCAACUGUCACAGAAUGAAGCCCGCUCUUUUCAACGUCUUGUGCGAAAUCAAAGAGAAAACAGUGCUGAGUAUCCGCGGCGCGCAGGAGGAGGAGCCCCCGGAUCCCCAGCUCAUGCGGCUGGACAACAUGCUGCUGGCGGAGGGCGUGUCCGGUCCGGAGAAGGGCGGCGGCUCGGCGGCGGCGGCGGCUGCGGCGGCGGCCUCGGGAGGAGCCGGGCCGGACAACUCCGCGGAGCACUCGGACUACAGAGCCAAGCUGACCCAGAUCAGACAGAUCUACCACACGGAGCUGGAAAAGUAUGAGCAGGCGUGCAACGAGUUCACCACUCACGUGAUGAACCUGUUGAGGGAGCAGUCGCGCACGCGGCCAAUCUCGCCCAAGGAGAUCGAGCGCAUGGUGAACAUCAUCCACCGCAAGUUCAGCUCCAUCCAGAUGCAGCUCAAGCAGAGCACCUGCGAGGCUGUCAUGAUCCUGCGCUCCCGCUUCCUCGAUGCCAGACGAAAACGGCGAAACUUCAACAAGCAGGCCACAGAGAUCCUGAAUGAGUAUUUCUACUCACACCUCAGUAACCCCUACCCGAGCGAGGAGGCCAAAGAAGAGCUGGCAAAGAAGUGCGCCAUCACAGUGGCCCAGGUUUCCAACUGGUUUGGGAAUAAAAGAAUCAGAUACAAGAAAAACAUUGGUAAGUUCCAGGAAGAAGCCAACAUGUACGCUGCGAGAACUGCCGUCAAUGCGGCUAAUGCAUCCUCACAUGGAAGCCAAGCAAAUUCACCCUCAACUCCAAACUCUGCAGGUUCUGCCGGCUCUUUUAACAUGUCAAACUCCGGGGACUUGUUCAUGAGCGUGCAGUCUCUCAAUGGGGACUCGUACCAGGGGGCUCAGGUGGGAGCCAACGUGCAGUCACAGGUGGAUACCCUUCGCCAUGUUAUCAGUCAGACAGGCGGGUACAGUGAAGGACUCACAGCCAACCAGAUGUACAGUCCGCAGGGCAUCAAUGCAAAUGGCUGGCAGGAUGCUCCGACCCCCUCAUCGGUGACUUCACCCACAGAAGGACCCGGAAGCGUUCACUCCGACACCUCCAACUGAUCCUCCACCCCCCGGUCACUCCUCCGUACUCUGCUCCCUUCCUUCCGUCCUCCACCACCGCAUCUCCCCAAACUCAUCCCCCGGGCCACACUGGGACUGAACGUGACAUAGUGUAUGUUGUUGCACUACAGGACACACUUUGGGGUCGGGGGGGGGGGGGGACGUUUUCGACGUUUUCACCAUUACGGACAAAAAAAAAUCACUUUUCCCGUUUGGACCAUCACUGCCACGCCGUUUGCAGCCUGCGUAGGGGGACUCAUAUCCACACUCGCAAUUUGUACAGUUUCCACUUUACGUCCAUGUUGCCUCAUUGUAUUUCUCUUACGUUGUAUCCACACAUUAGUUAGCAGCGUAUUGCCCCACGUCUUGUAAAUUAAGAAACGCUUUCACACUACCUCUAUUCGAAAUAACAACAGAGCAGACGACAUUUCAAAUGCUUUGGUUUUACAAUUUUUUAUAACUAUUCGGAACCUUACUGUACAUCGCACCAUGCCCUGUCGUCACGCCUCUGUCUUUAUUUGUACCCAGAUUUUUUUCUUUUCUGUUUAUCUAUAGUGCCAAUGUUCAAUCCUGGAGGUGAAUUUUGAUAAUGUCACAUCACACGUUUUUUAUGUCACGACCUUACACUUUGUUCAUGCCAUACUCUGUGAGGUAUUAAUGUGUUGAGUCCAGUAACAUUAGUCAGGUAACAUCCAAGUAUUCAGCCUCAAUUUAUAUCGUUUGUAUUCAGAGCUACGGCAGACAGUGAUAUAUAUAUAUAUAAGGCAUUUUUCUAUAUUUCACUGCCAGAGCAGUACAGACACGAAUUCACAAUUUUCACGCAAGGCAAAAUUCAAAAAAUUGCGUGAAACGUACACGGAGCGUUGUGGCUCUGGCACACACACGCUGGCAGCAGCGACAACAUUCAAAGAAAAAUUGACCUGCAACACUGAAUCUAUGACAGCGUUAGUCAGCGAUUAGGGCACGCCAACAUGUAUCAAAGCACAAGAACACCUAAUGAUUGAAGUCAAAAGGUAGCAUUUGUAAAUGCGAGGGGGAGAAAAACAACACAGAGGGAGUUUUUACGACAUAACUAUAGCGGCCAUAUAUGGAAGCAACCGAGUGUAGACACAGUGCAGUUAUCAGACAUGGUCAGUGUGCAUCAGUGAGAUCCACGCAGCCAAAUACUGCUGCUGACCAAAUCCAAAACGGGAUGUCAUUCUGAUUUCAAGGUAUCGCGUCAUUGCGGUUUAACGCACUUCACGCUCACUUUUCAUUCUCUGAAGUGACAGAUGCGACGGCACAGUUUUAAACACCGGAUUGCAAUUCUUUGCGCCAAGCAUUUUUCUACAAAUAUAUACGUUGUGUGCACAAAGGAAAAAAGGCAAAUGUUUUUCUGUGCUCAAAAUCCUCCAUGUCAGAAAUGAAUCACAAAUACACUGUAGGCUCGUACGCAUUCAGAGCUGAACCGUGGGACGUAACCCCGUCGUCUGAUAACACGAGAGGGAGCGUUUCAAAUUGAAAGACACGUGGGGUUUUUUGGGCUUUGUUUUAAAAAUCAUCGUCAUCCAUCAACAUGAAACAAUCCAAACUGUGAAGAUAGAUUUGUGACUUUUGUUCUAUGUACAGUGUAGUAUGUGGUCUAACAUGUGUACAUGACGAUUACAAUACUCCUCACGAGAUAUCAGCAUUUACACACUUUGAUACCAAAAACAAAAAAGGAAAAAGUGGCAGAAUUUGGAUCCUCUUGCAUUGGGAUCGGCUUUAUCGACAUUUUCCGUUCUCCUCUUUUCAAAGGAUUUUUAUUAUCUAUGGUACAAGUGAGCGGCUCAUAAUGCUCCAGUACACUGUAUCCAGAGCCGACAAACGGGCAGUUGGAAUACAUUAGUGUUUAUAUGAAUAAAGUGGGGGGUGGGGGGGAAAUACCCCGAUGGCACACGAAAUCCAGAUGACGUUUGGAUAUAUUUUUAUGUCUCCAUUUUGUGAAUAACGCAUCACGUUUUUCGUUUUGAUAUUACUUUUGCUUUGCUACAGGACUGUUUUGUUUCUUUUCUUUUUUUUAAUGCUGCCAUUGUAUGUGAAUUGGCUCAAGAAUGCUCUAUAUACAGUAUGUAGAUAUGCACCUUUGCUUCUUCUUUUACAUCGUUGAAUUUGGACUGUAGCCGUUUUACCGCAGCCUGGUGGGAGUUCCUGUUGGAUUUGGAGGGUGGGGGGGGGGGGGGGGGGGGGGGGGGGGGGGGACAUAAGCCCGCCUCCGAGAGAUAGAUGCCGUCCAAAUGAAGUUGGCGUUCACAUUAGCCCGGCCAAACUCUUACAGGAAACAAAAGUCAGUCCCGAGAUCCCAACCACAGUUUUUUGUUUAAAAAAAAAAAAAAAAAAAAAAAAAGAAUUGUCAGUGUGUUUGUAUUUAUUACACGUGUAUGAAAUCAAGGACGUUUUAGGUUUUUUUGGAGCCACAGUGUGGGGGCCAGCCACGGUGUGGGGGGCCAGCCACGGUGUGGGGGGCCAGCCACGGCCUGAUCCCACCAAACGGACUCAUUCGGAUCAUUCAGAGCGGGCUCCCCCUCAACUCGCCUGCUCAGUAUUACAGUCGAGGGGCCGAGCACCGUCGAGGUGAUGCACGGACCCUGCCCCGGCCGUGUCUUCUGGGGUCACUGGAGUGAAUUGACAGCGGCGGCCAUGCAAGGGCAAACACCAGGAUUGUUUUUGCACCCCGACCCCCCCCCCCCCCCUUCUUUGGAAGAAAAGAAAAAAAGGCUUGACACCGCUUUUUCACAUUGCCUGUCAAAUAUUAUCGAAGCUUCAUGUAAUGAUGCUUUUUAGUUUUUUGAAUAUAAAAGGAAAAGAGACAUGAAAAGGAAAAAUGAACAAUUUGUAAAACAUGAAAUGUUUUAUUUGUUGCAUGUCUUUCUUUUCUUGUUUUUUUUUGGGGGGGGGGAGUUCUUGAAAUAAAAUAACGUGCUGCAGUGUUUUGAAUGUGAACUUCUUUUUUACGAGGACGAAAAAAACGCGGAGCCUUUUUUUCUCGACAGGUUUUUUACUUUUAAGAUCUCCGCGUGUGUAAAAAGAUAUCAAAUGGGAAAAAAAACGAUUUGUCUUUUUAAUUCCGAUUCCAAAAAAAAACCCAACCUGUUUUCUGUGGAGAGAAAUUGCGGGAGGAGGCGUUAUGGUCUCUUCAUUUGUACUGGCAACGCCCAUCCCAAAAUAAAUCGUUUCUCUUGGUGCGUAAA